UAACGAUAUAUCAUGCAACUCUAAAAUAUUAAGAAGCAAUGGCAAGCUACUCAUGGGCAAGGAAACUUGUUGUCUACUACUUCUUUAUCAUCUUUUCUUGUUGCAUAUUUAGUUUUUCAUAUGGAAGAAUUACUCCAAAUUUCAAAGUUCGAGCUGUUAAUCUUGGAGGCUGGCUUCUCACUGAAGGAUGGAUUAAACCUUCUCUUUUUGAUGGCAUCCCCAACAAAGAUUUUCUGGAUGGAACUGGACUGCAAUUCAAAUCAGUAACAGUUGGGAAGUAUCUGUGUGCUGAGUUAGGAGGAGGAACAAUUAUUGUUGCCAAUAGAACUGCUGCCUUGGGAUGGGAAACCUUCAAAAUUUGGAGGAUAAACAGCACAAGUUUUAACUUUAGGGUGUUUAACAAAGAAUUUGUGGGAGUAGAUGGAAGUGGAAAUGUGGUAGCAGUGGAAAACAAACCUGGAUUUUCAGAGACUUUUGAGAUUGUGAGGAAAUCUGAUGAUCCUAGCCGUGUUCGGAUAAAAGCAUCAAAUGGUUUUUUCUUAGAGGUGCAGGUAAAAACAGAGGAACUUGUGACAGCAAAUAAUGGAGGGAAUGGGGGAUGGGGUGAUGAUGAUCCCUCUGUUUUCAUCAUGAAAACCAGUGGAAAACUUGAAGGCGAGUUCCAAAUUACUAAUGGCUAUGGUCCUAUCAUCGCACCACAAGUUAUGAGAGAACACUGGAAAACAUUUAUAGUAGAAGAAGAUUUCAAGUUCAUAGCAAGCAACGGACUAAAUGCAGUGAGAAUUCCAGUUGGAUGGUGGAUUGCCAGUGAUCCAACUCCCCCAAAGCCUUACGUUGGAGGCUCUUUGCAUGCCUUAGACAAUGCGUUUUUAUGGGCCAAGAAAUACGGACUUAAAGUUAUAAUAGAUCUGCAUGCUGCGCCUGGUUCCCAAAAUCCUUGGGAGCACAGUGCCAACAGAGAUGGUACUAUAGAAUGGGGAAAAACUGAUGAUACCAUUCAACAGACAGUUGCAGUCAUAGACUUCUUAACUGCCAGGUAUGCCAAGAAUCCAAGCCUUUACGCAGUGGAGUUAAUCAAUGAGCCAUUAGCACCAGAAGUUUCAUUCGAGAUGGUGAAAAAAUACUACGAAGCUGGAUAUAAUGCAGUUCGUAAGCAUUCUUCGGAUGCAUAUGUGGUGAUGUCCAACAGAUUAGGAUCUGCAGAUCCAACUGAGCUUUUGCCUUUUGCCAGUGGCUUAAAGGGUUCUGUAAUUGAUGUUCAUUACUACAAUCUUUUCUCUGACAUGUUUAACGACAUGACUGUCCAACAAAAUCUUGAUUUUGUCUUCACCAACCGUUCAGCUCAACUCAAUACUGUCACCCAAUCCAAUGGUCCUCUCACUUUAGUUGGGGAAUGGGUUGCUGAAUGGCAAGUCAGAGAUGCAACAAAGGAGGAUUACCAAAAGUUUGCCAAGGCUCAAUUGGAAGUGUUCGGACGUGCAACAUUUGGUUGGGCUUAUUGGACACUCAAAAAUGUGAACAACCAUUGGAGUUUGGAGUGGAUGAUCAAGAAUGGCUAUAUCAAGCUUUAAAUUACUCAAAUUAUUGUCUGAUUACUGAUCAUAUUUUGUCAGUUACUCAAAAUUUCGAGUCAAAGCCAUAAUACUUGGAUACGUAAUAAGGUAGUUUAGAUGUUAAUCAUAAAGUUUUGAGGAAACACCUCAAAAGAUCAACUUGUAACAGCAUUGUGGAGAUCUUCAUUAACAAAAAUGCUUACAGUCAGUCUAUAAGGCCAUCCAACCACUGCAGGCAGCAAUUUAUUCCGUCCAAUAUACAUCAUUAAAUA